CCAGGAAAUACAACAGUAUUUCCAACAGCCCACCCGAGAUACUGAAGUCAGUUGUGAACAACUUUCUUCUAGAUCAUGUUCAUCAUAAGAACGAUGUCAAAUCCCGAAUCUUCAACGGCAGCAGCCGGAGCCCAACCUUCGGUCGCCACCGCUGCUGGUGUAAGUAAAGAGGAGAAACCAGCUACACCGGGGCUGGAUGACUCCAUGUUUUCUACACCCAGCGCUCUCACUGACGUGGCGCUCGUAGUGGAUGGGAAGAAACUACACGUGAGUAAAGCUCUACUCUGUCUCGCCUCCCCCGCCUUCCUGAAAAUGUUCGAAGGGGACUUUAAGGAUAAAACAGAGGUUCCCAUCGCGGACAAGAAGUAUGCGGACUUUGUUGAAUUCCUGUUGUGUGUUCAUCCGUCCACCUGUAAACCGGUCCAACGGGAAACACUCGACGUUGUUCUGCCGCUCGCUGACGAAUACGAGGUCGAGUCUCUCAAGCAGCGGUGUGAACAGUUUGUUCUCACAAGGUUCCUUUUGAAAGAUGAACAGCAAAAUAAUCCAGCAAAUGAAGAAUUGGUUCACUUUACCUACCUGGCUGAUAAAUACAAACUGAAGACACUGUUGGACAAAUGUGUCGUCAGGCUGAAAUGUAGAACAUAUGACGGCGGUCAUGGCGUGAAGCGUUUACCAGAAUUCCAGCGUCUGUCACCAGAUGCUAAGGUUUGGGUAAUGUCGGAGAGAUUAAGAUUGAUGGAAAAACCUGUUGCGGAGAUUCUUGAUGCCGCCAUUCGAGAACCGUGCAAGCGAAAUUUAGACAACAUUGAAAAUGCUCACUGUAAUGGAUGCCUUGGGGCAGUCAAGCACAGCACUAAAUGUCCAGUUAAGUGCAAAAGAGAACUUUAUACACAGUGGGAAUCAAUUUAUGACCUGAAACAAAUAUUCAAAUUUGAUUCACGUUUUAAGUAAUAUUGGCACCAUCAGCCACAAUUCUAUAGUAUUGGUAUGCGCAACAGUUAACCACCCGAGAUGUCUCAAAUUAUAUCCGGUGAGUUCAAAAUGUUUUCUUGUUUUAUAGCGUUGGAUUUCUUCAUAAAGAUGCACUGAUCAUAGUAAACACGUGCGUUUAAUGUCACAUAUGGUGCACUAAAUUCUUUGUUCUACAUGCUACAGUGUUGGGUCAUCGUUCCACGCAAUUGGGAUCGAUGACAUGCAUCAACCAAGUCACCCGAUCUCGUUAGUCGCCUUUUACGACAAGCAAAGUCACCUUUUACGGCAAGCAUGUGUUGAUGAAGAUCUAUUCUUUCCCGGAUCUUCACGGGUCCAUAGUGCGUGAAGUAGGAAACGAAGUAAUUGUACAUGUGCUCAUGGUUAUGUGUUGUUUUAACCACUCCUACUUGGCGGGAAAUAUAGGUUCCCAGUAACCCGUGCUUGUCGUCAGCGCGGACUCUAUACUUUCUGUUGGCCAGGUUUGGUGACAUGGCUGAUGCUUGUCAUCGUACCUUGGAAGGCGUGGUGAGUUGCUCAUAUUAUCAAUCACUGGUUUUCCUGGUUCUUUAUACCGUCGCUUUCGUACGGAUGGGUCAACAAAUAUUGACCUAGCGGAGGCUAUAUGGGGGGACUGUUUUUCUGUGUCUGAAAAAUCACCGGACACCAUUAACACGUGUACUUAUGAUUCCUGAACUUAGGAAGCCUAAUCCAGACAUAAUAUCCAUGUCAACCUUUCACUUGGGCGUUGUUUAACUUUUGCUGAGGCUUAUAUUAUCCAGAUGAUUUUAUUGUUCUUGUACAACCAUGUCAUGAGUAUUGACUAGCGUCGUCCUUGCACACCUGAUUCUAUAAGGGAUACUGAAAGCUGUCUCUUACGACGCAGGUCAGCAUCCACAGCAGUGAUGUCCCAGAAGACAGGUUUUGGGGUUUAACAGGGUCAGGACUGCAUAGACCCAUGUGUACAAUGUCUAGGACAAUUUCGUUAUUGACAUAAGUGUAAUUUACAGCCAUCAUUUUUCUUAAGUGGCAUCGUUAAAUUGAUUAUAGUGUUUGGGUGUGAUCUGAUUGUGUGUAUUGCUUUAAGUAGCUUUGUGAAGUCUUAACCUGUCUUGUAUCCUUGUGUGUCGAAGAACGUUAUCAGGAGUUGCUGCUUGUGGGUAUUUCCAACGUAAAAGCCCCACUGUUUCUGAAUGAACUGGACACACCGCACAGCAACUUGGUUUUGAUUCCCAGGACAUCGCGGUAAACAAAGUUACGUGAUGCUGGCUUAAAUGGCGUCGGACUGCUUUUCGGACAUGGGCCGAAAAGAAGUUUAUGGACAAGAGAGGUCAGUAUGGUUCAAGUGUGUUCGCCAGCAAAAAUGGUCAAGAAAUGAAGUCAAAUGUUACAUGACUGCAACCAGACGGGCCUUGAACUUGUUCCAGAAUGGCAAUGUAGACAGACUUUGAUGUGCUUGAUAUUCUGAAAUUUAAAGGCAAAUGAAAUAUAACAUGUCUUAUUUGACAGCCGACCAAGUCGCCUCGUAUUCUUGGAUCAGAGAUCGUACGAUGUGCAAAUAUCGGAUUUAGACAAUUACCGUUAUUUAUUUCUUAAAGUUUAAUGGUGGACAUGUGGAGGUCAUUUCCAAAUGUAUGCACCAGUGACAAAUAUGAUGUCCGAUGCAAUUCCCUUGUCAUGAUUUGAUAGCGAUUCAUAAACACAUGCUUACCCCGGUGGGAUUCGUACAAUGGACUGUUUUUAGGCAGAUUUUUUAUGGUUAUGUAAAUGUUUUUUUGUGUGGCUUUUCAUGUGUUAAAAAGUCCAACUUCAUGCGAUGUUUUAGAUAACACUUAUCUUCUUUUUUUUUGCAGUAGAAAGCGCCAUGUUCUUGUGUGCAUGUAAAUAAAUCGCUUAUUACAUUAAUAAAAUUUGAUGACGACCUGUUAA